AUGGAUCAUACGGGGAACACGACUGACAGGAUAACUAUUCAGUUGAGACGGCCAGUCCGAGAGAAGGAAAAAUCAACCCUCCUCCUGACGAUUUACCCAACGGAGCAAGCACUCAACCACUUGUUUAGGAAUGAAGUGGAUCAGCGGCCGAUCCGGAUCUCCACCUUUCAGACAGCCACGAGACACAAAAACAAGGGGACCGCUCGAGACGUGGCCGCCGGGAGCUUCCUCCGCGCUACCAUUGCCGACACCAUUCCUAGCGGCUGCUCCUUACCUUGUGCGAAUCGACACGCAGUUGGGGGCCAAAUACCGUCCACCUCGACCGGUGCGACCAACGCAGACCCCUGUAUCAAGAUACGAGAGCACAUGGGCCUGGCCCAGACGCAGCGCGGUGCUCCCUGCGAGGCGGUUGUGGGGUGGGGAGUGUGGAGGCUUUGA